AUGGCAAACUCUGCAACAAAUUUCAACGGUACUACUUUCAUGAGCUACCGCUCCAGAGCAUACAAAUCCGCAUCCGAAAAGACACCCGGAUCCCUCGUAUUCCUCUGCGACUUCUUGAGAGAGUAUGGCGCGGCGGUACCAAUAGACAACCGGGGCGACACGGUCCUCCAUCUUCUGGCCAUCAACGGCAACAGGGCUGCAUUCGAAAGCCUACUCCGGGCAGGCCUCCUGACCGAUGAAGCGCUGACAAAGAAGAACGUGCACGGCAAUACCGCCCUGCACGAGGCCGCCAGGUCCGGGCAGACGGAAUUCGCGGAGAUCAUGCUGAGGAGGAAGCAGGAUCUGGUUUUCUUGCGCAAUCAUGACAUGGACGAGACGCCUCUUUACGUUGCCGCUGCUUACGGGAAGAGGGAGGUUUUCAGGGUUUUGGAGAGUUAUCGCAGCGAUUGCAUGAUGAGGAGACGCGAUGGCCGCACCAUUCUCCACGCUGCUAUUGAUGGAGAACGUUACCAGAUGGUGCCAGCCAUCUCCCUCGCCAACAUUUUCGCGUUGUCGUGCACAAAUGCAGUUUGA